AUGGGCACAAAUUCUUCUAAUUUGAACAAACGCAUUAAAAUUAUAAAUUCAUCGGCACCCGUUUCUACUAAGAAACAGAAACAAGAAAAACGUACCAAUGUCGUGAAAGCUGUUGAUACACAAUCAUCACAAAAAGAACAAUCAGAGCAAAUAUUAAAACAGACGAUUCCAUCUGCUGACAAUGUACUUCAUGAACCUAACAACUGUUCUAAUGUUUCUUAUAAUAAGUCUCCUGCUUUGGAAACAUCCAAAAUAGAACAACUAACUGUAAAAAGUAGUUCAUUAUCUAAUGAACUUCAGACGAGUAGCAAUCAAGGUUCUGAUGAAGAACAUCAAAUUACAACAACAAUCUAUUCAAUAGAUCAAAUGGAUAAAACAUUUGAAACUGUGCCUGCAACGUCAUUUGCAACAAAUGUACUAAGUCACACUAAACAAGACUUAUUUAAUACUUUUAAAAUAAUGAAAAUAACUGCUGAUCUUUAUGAUACAUUAUUUAUUGAACAUUUAGAAGAUUCUGUAAGUCCAUUAAUUCGUGCUUUAGCUAUUCGUCAAAAAUAUAUGCACCACAGCCUUCAAUCAUAUUCAUCAACGAUUGAAUCUUUUUUAGCUCAAAUUUUAGAAGAAGAUGAUCAAUUACAAAAUACAUCAUUAAAUAUCAAUCUACCCAAAAAAGAAGAAUCUGAUCCAUGUUGUACACCAGCUAUAAUGGUUGAAAAUCUAUUUAGUAAUCCACUACUUCGACCUUCUAAUUCACUACUUCCACCUAUCGACGCUUGUGUCAAAAUAGAAAAAGGUAUAUAUAAUGUUUAUAUCCUUAAUGAACAAAAACAAUGGAUACCAGCUAAAUACAAAUCCAUAAGUCAUGAUGAGUUCAUUGAGGAUUUUACACUUGUAUCAAAAAUGAUUAAUGAUGGUCCAUUACAAUCUUUUUGUCAUCGUCGUUUACAAUAUCUUAAAACGAAACAUGAACUACAUACUUUACUUAAUGAAGUUAAAGAAUGGUCCGAAGCUAAAGACGCAUCACAUAGAGAUUUUUAUAAUGUUCGAAAAGUUGAUACACACAUUCAUGCAGCAGCAGCAAUGCAUCAAAAAAGUUUAUUAAAUUUUAUGAAGAAAAAAAUGGAAGUAUCAAGUGAUAUGAAAGUUUAUAAGAAACCAGAUGGAACUAUUUUGACAUUAAAAGAAGUUUUUGAUGAAUUAAAACUCGAUAUUAAUGAUAUAGAUACUGAUAUACUUGGUGUUCAUGCUGAUCGAAAUACAUUUCAACGUUUCGAUCGUUUCAAUGCAAAUUAUAAUCCUGUUGGCAAUAUGAUGUUACGAGAAAUUUUUAUGAAAACUGAUAAUUAUAUUGAUGGUGUAUUUUUUGCUGAACUAUUACAAGAAGUUAACGCUAAUUUAGAAGUGAGUAAAUAUCAACACGCAGAACUGCGUUUGUCAAUUCUAGGUAAAAGUAUCGAUGAAUGGGAUAAAUUAGCUACAUGGUUUUUAAAAAAUAAAAUGCAUUCAACUAAUGCUAGUUAUAUGAUACAAAUACCACGUAUUUUUAAUGUUCAUCAUGCAAGCGGCAAAAUAAAAAAUUUUCAAGAACUUUUAACAAAUCUUUUUCAACCAUUAUUUGAUGCAACUAUCAAUCCUGAAUCACAUCCAGAUUUAUUCCGUUUUAUGAUUUUUUUCACUGGCUUUGAUUCAGUUGAUGAUGAAUCAAAACCUGAAAAAUUGCUAAUUGCAAGUAAUGCGGUGUGUCCGGAUCAAUGGAAUACAAAUGAAAAUCCACCUUAUGCUUAUUAUUUAUUUUAUAUGUAUGCAAAUAUUCUUACACUUAAUCAACUUCGAAGAUCACGUGGUUUAAAUACGUAUCAAUUUCGUCCACAUUGUGGUGAAGCUGGUGAUGUAUCACAUCUUUCUGCAGCAUAUAUCCUUGCAGAAAAUAUUUCUCAUGGUCUUGUUUUACGCCAAUCAUCUGUAUUACAAUAUUUAUAUUUUUUAUGUCAAAUUGGUAUAGCUAUGUCACCAUUAAGUAAUAAUUCAUUAUUUCUUAGUUACAAUCAAAAUCCAUUUUUGGAAUAUUUUCAACGUGGUCUUUGUGUUUCAUUAUCAACAGAUGAUCCACUACAAUUUCAUUUUACUAAGGAACCAUUAAUGGAAGAAUAUUCAAUUGCCGCUCAAAUAUGGAGAUUAUCAUCGAUUGAUAUGUGUGAAUUAGCACGAAAUUCGGUUUUAAUGAGUGGUCACUCGGAUCAAAUUAAAAAAGCUUGGCUUGGACAACAAUAUAAAGAACCUGGUGUUUCUGGUAAUAAUAUUCGUCUUACAAAUGUACCGAAUAUGCGAAUAGCUUAUCGAUAUGAAGUACUUUGUGAAGAACUUCAUUUACUUAAACUUGCCUUUCAUAAUCGACACGAGACUGUAUCCACCUAUGCUAUGGUUGUCGCUACAGUACUUGAUUUCAAUGUUAAAAGUGACAAUAUUGGUGAUAAUAAUAAUGAAAAUCAAUUACCAUCUUUACCACCAUCAAUUCCACAAAAUAUCAACAAUGCAGAAACACAUGAACAUUUCUAA